AUGGAUAAAAUUAAAGAAAAAUUAAAUAAUUUAAAAUUAGAAGCUGAAACUUGGCAAGAAAAAUACGAAGAUUUAAAAGAAUCUAAUAAAACAAUUGAACAAGAUUUAACAGAUAAAGAAAAUCAAAUCAAAUCCUUAACUGUUAAAAAUCAACAAUUAGAAGAUGAAAUUGAAAAAUUAGAGUCAAAUGUUGAUGAUAAUAAAGGUUUAGAACAAGAUGUUACUGAUAAAGAAAAUUUAGUUAAAUCUUUAACAAUUAAAAAUCAACAAUUUGAAGAACAAAUUGAAAAAUUAGAAGAUGAAUUAUCUGAAUUGAAACAAAUUAAUGAUGAAUCUUCAAAUUUAAAGACAAAUAAUGAAAGUUAUUCUAAAAAAAAUAAACAAUUAGAAGAAGAAUUAGAAGAAAAUGAUGAAAAAUUAAAAGAAACAACUGAAAAGUUAAGAGAUUCUGAUUUGAAAUUAGAACAAUUAGAGAAAAAAUUAAUUGCAUUACAAGAUGAAAAUGCUAAAUUAGAAGAAAAAAAUGAAGAAUUAAGUGAAUUAUACACUCAAUCAAAGAAAGAAUUAGAUGAAAUUGCUGAAUCUUUAGAAAAUUUAUAA